AUGGCACCACACGCAGAUUCAGACAAGGCUGGACUGGCUCCUAAUGAGCCUGGACUCGAUGAACCCUCUGCAGCAAACCAGGCGGGGAAGUUCCCCAAGCCACCGAAGUUUACCGACAAGUACGAAGAGCGUGAAUACCUCAAGGGUCGUCUUGCCGCCGCAUUCCGCAUCUUUGGAAAGUAUGGUUACGAUGAGGGAGUUGCUGGUCAUAUCACUCUUCGUGAUCCUGUAGACCCGGAGACUUUUUGGGUCAAUCCUUUUGGUGUUGCAUUCUCGCUGAUCAACAAGUCUGACCUUAUCCAUGUCAAUGAGGAGGGCGAGAUCAUUGGCGGUGGCGAGACCAGAUUGCUCAACACGGCAGCAUUCAUGAUCCACAGCGCCAUCCACAAAGCGAGACCUGAUGUUAUGGCUGCAGCACACAGCCACAGUAUCUAUGGCAGAGCAUUCUGUACACUAGGCAGAAAGCUGGACACCAUCACACAAGACUCCUGCUCAUUCCACAACGACCAUGUCCUCUAUGAAUCCUUCAACGGUAUUGUUCUUGCCGCCGAAGAAGGACAGAACAUCGCCAAAGCCCUUGGCAACAAGAAGGCUGCAUUGCUCCAAAACCAUGGUCUCUUGACUGUUGGCAAGACAGUGGAAGAGACUGUCUUCUGGUUUGUAUCUCUUGACAAGUGCUGUCAGACGCAACUGCUAGCAGACGCAGCAGCAGGAGGUCGUGGAAGCGAGACCAAGAAAAUUGACGAAGAGGAUGCAGUGUACACGUACAAGGCGAUUGGGUCGCCAGUGGCAGGAUAUUUCAGCGCCAAGCCAUUGUUUGAUGUGAUUCACAAGGAGACAGGAGGUGACUACCUCCAGUGA